AAUAAAAGACUUUAUUUCGCAAAACUUUCUGAAGAAAGCAAAGGCUUACGUCAUCAUAUUUCUGAACGCCCUUUCACUUAGCAUUGCAGUCAGCAGAAUUGACGUUUUACAUUUUGUGUCAUAAGUCGUGUUUUGAAAUUUUUUUAGGUUGUUCAACACUUUCAUCAUACGAAUUUAAUUAACUAAAGUAAUUUAAUUUGUAUGUAAAUACUUACAUAAAUUGUGAUAUACUACACACCAUGGUUCUCGACCUAGAUUUAUUUCGGGCUGACAAAGAUGGAGAACCGGACAAAAUUCGUGAAAAUCAACGAAAACGUUUUAAAGACGUCGGUUUAGUGGAUACUGUGGUUGAACAGGAUACCUUAUGGAGGAAAUUACGCCACGACGCCGACAAUUUGAACAAAUUAAAAAAUGUAUGUAGCAAAGAGAUCGGUCAGAAGAUGAAAAGUAAAGAACCGGCUGGUUCUGAAGACGAUCCGGUACCUCAGGAUGUCUGUGAUAACCUUAUUAAUAUUGCUGGUGAGCAGUUACGGCCACUCACCGUGAAUCAAAUCAAAAAGGUCAGACUACUUAUAGAUGAAGCCAUCACAAAGAAUGAGCAAGCUCUUAUUACAGCAGAAAAAGCACGCUCGGCAGCUCUUAGAGAAGUUGGCAACCACUUGCAUGAGUCUGUGCCUGUCGAUGAUGAUGAAGACCACAAUGGCAUAGAGAGGACAUAUGGAGACUGCACUGUGAGACAAAAGUACUCACAUGUGGAUCUCAUUUGUAUGAUAGAUGGUAUGGAUGGUGAGAGAGGUGCAGCGGUCGCUGGUGGUCGCGGUUACUACUUAAAAGGACCAGCUGUGUUCCUGGAGCAGGCUUUAGUUCAGCUCUCGCUAAGAAUGCUAUUGAAAAAGGGGUACACACCCCUUUACACACCAUUCUUUAUGAGGAAAGAGGUAAUGCAAGAAGUAGCGCAACUAGCACAAUUUGAUGAGGAACUAUACAAAGUGGUGGGAAAAGGCUCCGAGAAUAAGGGAGACACUGUUGUGGAGGAGAAAUAUCUAAUCGCCACCUCUGAGCAACCCAUAGCUGCAUACCACAGGGAUGAAUGGAUUCCUGAAGCUUCUUUGCCUAUUAGGUACGCUGGUCUGUCAACUUGUUUCCGACAAGAAGUAGGAUCACACGGUCGGGACACCCGUGGCAUAUUUAGGGUGCACCAGUUUGAAAAGGUAGAGCAAUUUGUCCUGACCUCGCCACACGACAACGCAUCAUGGAAUAUGAUGGAAGAGAUGAUUACCAACGCUGAGGACUUCUACAAAAUACUUGGCAUUCCGUACCGGGUCGUGAACAUAGUUUCUGGUGCUCUUAACCACGCAGCUGCCAAGAAGUUGGACCUUGAGGCGUGGUUCCCGGGGUCUGGUGCGUACCGGGAGCUGGUCUCAUGCAGCAACUGUCUAGAAUACCAGGCUAGAAGGCUGCUAGUUAGAUAUGGACAAACAAAGAAAAUGAAUGCUGCAACUGAGUAUGUGCAUAUGCUGAACGCGACCAUGUGCGCAACCACGCGCGUCAUCUGCGCUAUACUGGAGGUGAAUCAAACUGAGGAAGGCAUCAAGGUGCCUCAAGUUUUAAAAGAUUGGAUGCCGGAGCAGUAUCAAGAGCUUAUACCUUUCGUGAAGCCGGCUCCGAUAGACGUCGAAACCGCCGCCGCCGCCAAGAAAGGAAAGAAACAGAAUGAGAAGAAAUAGAAGUGUCUGUAUUACAAAACUUGAGUUUGCUGCAUUGCGAUCGUCGCAAUCGUUAAUUGCGAGAUAUGGUUAUUUAUUAAUUUAUUAGCUUUUCCAGGGUUUUGAAACUAAAUUUUACACAUAAGAGAUAUAUUUUUUUUUAUCACAUACACCAUCAUUAGUUAAGCAUAAACGAUAACAGCAAAAAUUAAAUGCGGAAAAAAACUAUAAUGAGCUUUUAUGUUUUUGUUUUCGGGUGAAGUUAUGUUAGUUUGAACUAUGUUCCGCCGUUACAUAUUCUGCGAUUACUAUGAGCAAUAACCGCGAUGUCCUCUCACUCAUCGGAGUAUAAUAUGCUAUUGUGUACGCUAGACGAGUAAAAUCAUCGAUCCUUCCGUUAAGUUACGACGGGUGUAAGAAUGCAAGAAAUAACGAUAAUGCCACGAUUUGAGCCUUGUUACCCACACUUGUACGUUCUGUAAACUAGAAACUGUAGUAGUUGAAAUCUUUGAAUCCUCUAGCAUAGACGUCAAGGCCUACAUGAUAUAUCGUGGGAAACGAUACCAUUUCGACAAUAAGUAAACCUAGUUAAAAAAUCUCACACUAGGCAUCCUGUUAUUGAAAAGUAAACUAUGUGAUUACAUUCAUAAGGCUAACCGGGUUGUAACGUGAUUUGAAUUUAAAAAACAUCCCGCUUCUGAAGAAAAUAUUGCCUCUUAUGCAUAAUUUGAAUGUCAGUGAACCUUAAGAGUAUAGAUAACGUAAAAUUCCCUACAAAACAUAAAAAGGUAAUUUAUUGAUAUUAAUCGCAAGGCUUGUAAAGUAUAGAGAUAGAGAGUAAAAUAAUAGAGGUAAUGUUGUCUUCUUUUAAUCCUGAUCCAGAACGUGGGCAAAUGCAAAAUAAUUUACCAAUAUGAUUGCGACUAUCCGAUGUUUGCAUCACAGUUUCGUUAUAUGGGUAAAUACGCAAACAGUUCAUUUUCCGCAAAGCAUUUAACUUGUUACUAAGCUAAGCUUUAACGUUUAUAUAUUCUGUUAUAACAUUAAAUGAAAAUUGAAUGGCUUA